AUGACGUUCGUUACUCCAGAGACUCUUUCAAAAAAAACAACAUACGAAAAUGCUUUGGACCUUACGGGUUUCGGCAAAUACAAUGCUGGUAUGCUGAUAGCUUGCUGCCUGCUUAUUCUCUCUAUGAACCUGGACAUGUUCGGGUUCUCCGUGGUCUUACCAGCCAUGGCUUGUGAUAUGGCUCUUGAUACUUCACAACAGGGUCUACUGUCUGCUAUACCCCUUAUAGGUAUGAUUGUAUCAUCCUACGGUUGGGGUUUAUGCUCCGACACACAAGGUCGACGGAAAACAUUGCUUAUAGCAAUGCCAGCCGCCUUAAUUCUCAGUCUUGCAACUACCAUGGCGCCUACCUUCGCGCUAUUAGCAAUUUUCAAGUUCUUUUCUGUUUCAUUUUCAGCGGCGGCCAACGCAGCUGCCUUUGUCUUACUAGCUGAAAGUGUACCGAGCAGACAUCGCAGUCGAUUUGUAAUCCUCAUGGCCAGCGCUACAAUGGUGGAACAACUCCUUAUUUGCUCCUUCGCUUUACCGAUAUUUACGCUGACUUUCGGCUAUGAGAUUUCAUGGCUGGGCUUGGUGUAUACUCCAUGGCGAAUGCUAUUGCAAAUCGUCUGCAUUCCUUGUGCGUUGGGGAUCAUAUUCAUGAUAUUCCUGCAAGAAAGCCCCAAGUAUCUGCUCAGUAGAGGCAGAGAUGAAGAAGCCUUAAAAGUUUUGAAGAUUAUUUACAAAUACAACUCUGGCGAAAAUAUGGAAAAUUAUCCGGUAAAAGAAGUGUAUCUCAAUGAAACUACAGCAGACAAUUCUGCUGGAAUUUCUUUAUUAAAGAAGAUCUGGAACCAAACUGCCCCCCUGUUUAAACCUCCGCUAUUGAAAAACUCUGCCAUACUUUUCUAUUUACUGCUCUCCGCCUUUACCACAUCAACUGGUUUCACCAUGUGGGUGCCAACUAUGACCAACGCUUAUUUCACUGGCGAUGAAAGCCACCACGGUCGCACGUUCUGUGAGGUCGCUAGUCAAAGUGCCACAACUGGAUCCAGUAACGGCACUGAAAUAGAAGACUGCUCUAAUAGUAUCCAAACUGGAGCUCUUUACGCUACAAUGGUGUAUUCUGGAGUUUCAACAAUGUUGAUGGUCACUAUCUCCUUCAUAGUGGGCAUUGUUGGCAAGAAAAUCAUCACUCUUGCCAUCUUCGUCAUGUCAUUUACCGCUGGGACCCUGCUGCUAUUCGUCAAAGUCCCUAUGCUUAGCAUAGCAUUGUUCUUCAUGUUCUUAUACGUUGCUCAAGUCUUGGGCAAUAUUAACACGUAUUUAGUCGAGCUGAACCCUACACAUUUAAGGAGUAUGGCGACAUGUCUAGCGGUGGUAAUAGCCCGUGGCUCAGGAUUUUUCAGCGUGCAAAUCAUCGCCAAUCUCCUUGGGGAAUAUUGUACACCAAUGAUAAGUGGAUACAUUGUCUUAGUUAUGUCUGGAUUCGUUGUUGCAACGUUUUUGCCAUCAGAAUCCAAAUUGAAAAGCAUAAGCCAAGGAGAACAAAACCAUGCAGAAGAUGCUGAAAACCCUAAAGAUUAAGAUAUUUAAGUAAUUAAUUAUGUAGGCAAUGUUUGUUUAAAAUAUUCCCGACCUGAUGGGGAUCAGUAUUGAGGCUUAUGUUGUUAGAAUGUUACGACAUUCUUGAUAAGACUUACUAUCGAACCGUUUUAGGUUCCCGAACCCACAUUAAUUGUAUUGAAAUAUGUGGCGUGACGGCGUGAUAAAGUGUAUGUUUUAGUCAAUAAUCGACAAAUUGGUUGUAUUGAAAAUCAAUAUUGUCACAGUAUAGAACUUAAUUUUAAGACUAUGUGAAGAGACGAUGUUGUAAAU